AACACCUGCAUGCCGAUACAAUGAAGUUCCAGAUAUUAGGCACCAUGCAAAUGAUCAGCAUAUUAUAUCAAUGGACAACGGUUUCCUCGGUGGUGUAUCCUCCCAGUAAUCAACCAUAUACAGCUAUUCAUGAUGGUAAUUUUCAAGCCGAUUACAUUCUGCGAGUUACAUCGAAAAUUAUUGCCACUGACUGCACUACACGUUUGUCCACUCUGGUUAACGGAACACUGCCGGGUCCGGCAUUACGAUUCAAAGAGGGUCAGAAAGUGUGGAUACGAGUGUACAACGAUAUGGACGAGGCGAAUUUGACAAUUCAUUGGCAUGGUCUUACCCAGCGUAUGGCGCCUUUUUCGGACGGCACGCCCAUGGCCAGCCAGUGGCCAAUUCCACCGUAUCACCAUUUCGACUACGAGUUCCAGCUACAACUCGGAGAUGCCGGCACCUACUUCUAUCACUCACAUGUCGGCUUCCAGGCGAACACCGCGUACGGCGCGUUGAUUGUCGACGAAGCCGACGGCAAUCCGCCGUAUCAUUACGACGACGAGCGGACGAUCGCGUUUCAAGAUGUCUACUAUGAAACGGAUGACCGGAUCGAAUUCAACAUACAGAAUCCGAACAAUCUCAUCUGGCCCGGUAAUCCGAAAAACGUAGCCGUUAACGGCAAAUCACGUGCCAUGAACGAGACGUACGCCAGACCGGGGCCAGGGUGUGAGAUGGGCGUGAUUGACGUUGCAGCGGGCGGUGUCUAUCGUCUGCGUUUUAUCGGCGCCACAAGCUACUCGCAGGUGUUUGUAGCCUUUGAAGACCAUCUGAAUUUAGUUUUGAUUGAAGUUGAUGGGAAAUAUAUUAUGCCACAUGUCGUUGACCAUUUGGAGAUUAGUUCCGGACAGCGGUAUAGUGUUAUUCUGUUUGCCAAGACCCAAGCCGAACUAGCCGGUAGGAACCGAUUUUGGAUGCAGUUUGAAAUCCGUUCAGCGGAUUCCGAUGACGUGCGGGGUUACGGCAUUUUGCAUUACAACACCAGCGCUGGACCGGUCGAUACAUUCACUUUACCGGCCGAGAAAGUGUUGACCUUGCCGAAUGAGUCCUAUGCCGACGGUUGGCUGGAAGAUCAACUGCAACCGUUGAAACCGGAUCCAUCUAAUCCGUUUAUCCGUCUACAAGAAGUAACGCGGAGAGUGUACAUUAACGUUCAAGCGAUCGAUGCCAAGACGAUGACAGGAGGCGACACCGAGUUUUAUUUUCAGAAUGGUGCACCCUGGUACGAGAAACCUGAGCCCUUUAUACCAGACGUUCCCAAAGAACCGUAUUUGGUAUCACUGUACCGCAACAGAACGAAUUACUUCCCCGAUUAUCAACGCGCGGUUCAAGGCAACGGUUUGGACAAUGUGACUAAAACGUUCCCGGCGAAAGUCGGCGAAGUGCUGGAGAUUGUCUGGUAUCUUGUGGGUGGCAGCCGGUUUGGUGAUGUCUAUCCACAUGCGUGGCACGCACACGGUGACCACUAUUACGACUGCGGUACGGGUCUGGGCACGUACGAUCCGGUGGUCAACGAGGCCAAACUGCUGGCAAGGCAUGGACGAAUUAUUACACGCGAUACAUCCAACCUAUACCGACCGGAUCCUAGUACGGUAGCACCGGAACCGGGGAAGGUAUUUACGUGGAGGGCGAUGCGGGUGCGGGUGCAAAAUCCUGGUGUAUGGAUGAUUCAUUGUCAUCUGCUACUACAUAUGCUGAUGGGAAUGCAGACAGUUUGGGUGUUUGGGGAACUGAAGGAUCUGACGCCGCUGCCGGCACAUCUAGUGGAAGGUUAUCUGACGUACGGCGGGUCGGCGUAUGGUAAUGCGAGUUAUGCUCCACGCGUACUGCAUUACUGGCAUUAACAAAAAUUGUGAUCUACAAAGUACAUGUAGUUAGCUAGAUGUUAAACAAAUCUAGAAUAUAUGCUUUGCCGAGCAAAAAGUGAUGCAGAUAUGUUUUAUGUAUAUUUCAGAAUGUGAUUACCUAACUUAAUUUUAUUAUCAGAAAGCUAUUUGCGAUAGUUGUUAUCAAUUUUUUUUCACAAUUUUC